CCCGCUGCGGCGAGGGCCGGAGGCGGGCCGGGGCGGCGGGCUGUAGGCGGCGGCGCCAUGGAGAGGGAGGCCCAGGCCGGGUGGGCCGCGCUGCUGGGCCGGGAGCGGCAGGCGCGCGAGUACUGCCCCGGCGUCAACAAGCAGCCGUACGUGUGCGAGACGGGCCACUGCUGCGGCGAGAAGGGCUGCUGCAUCUACUACUACGAGCUCUGGUGGUUCUGGCUCCUGUGGACCGUCCUGAUCCUCUUCAGCUGCUGCUGCGCCUACCGGCACCGCCGCGCCAAACUGCGCCUGCAGCAGCAGCAGCGCCAGCGGGAGAUCAACCUCAUUGCCUACCACGGUGCCUGCAACUACCCGCCCUCCAUGAUGGACCUCCGGAUGCUGGCUUCCUUCAAGCUGCCUGCUUACGAAGAGGUGGCCAACCGCCCAACCACCCCUCCUCCCCCAUACAGUGCCACCCUCUUUGGGGGCUCUGCCAGCCGCCUGGGCUCCAGCACGCUGACCCUGACAGGCAGCUCCGAGAACUACACCAGCUGCUCCUGCGAGUCCAGCUGCCUGACGUCCCCCAGCAGCAGCUCGCUGUCGGCCACUGAGGCCAGCACGCUCAGCGAGGCAGAGGCCAGUGGGGGGGCAGGGGCCUGCAGCAGCCGCACGGGGGGCAGCUGGGAGUCAGCCAGUCCCUCCCUGCCAGGCUGCGCCUCAGCCCCCAAGCACACGCUCUUCUCUUCCAACGUGGAGCUCUUUGAAGCCAACCCCUGGCGGGUCUCAGACAGCGACGAAACCCCCGAUGCCCUGGAGGAGGCCGAGCACUUCCGGCACCGCCGCCUGACGGGGGACUCCGGGAUCGAGGUGGGACGGGGCCAGGACGAAGAGAUGCCGGAGGAGGAGGAGGAGGCCCUACGCUUGCUUGGCAAGGAGGCUCCCUGCUCCCCUCCUGAACCCCAGUGUCUGUGUGGGGAACAGACGGAAGGGGACGCUGAAGACCUGCCCUCCAUGCCUACUUUGCCCGUCUGAUGACAGCAGUCCCUCCAGAGGGCCCUUGCUGAAGCUCCAAGGACUAGGGAGCAGGCAGUUCACUGUGGAGCAUCACCGCCUUAGUACCGACACUGCCCUUGGCCAGAUCUCGUGCGCACGCCGCCCUCUUCCUCCUGCCCAGGAAGCGUGUAGGUCUCGUGUUCUCCCCCCACCCCUCCCUGCCUUGGGGGCCCAAGAACUCUGUGGCUGGGCCAGUCAUUUGCCUCUGGCUACUGUAGUGUCUUUGUGUGUGCGCGUGCAUCCCGCUGGCUCUGUAGCCUUUGGUACAAGGUGUAGCUCUUCCUUGUGGGGAUAGACCCCUCUCCGCUCCUUUUCCUCUUGAAAUCGGCAGGGGGGUGUAGACUGCUUGGUGCUUCAAGGGGAUGGUUCCGGCUGACAUCUGCUCCCCAAAUCAGACUGCCUAGGCUGGAAGCAGGGAGCUGGCCUUCUCCUCCCCACCCACCCCCUUGCUGGACGCAGCUUCUUUGACCCCUGCCCUCCUGGUCCCCAUUGGAGUGGAGGUUCUUUCCACGUGUGCCGCUGCGGAGGGCAGCAGUGCGGGCUUACUAUUAAAGAGAUGUGGCAGUUCUCA